CCAGGAAGUAAACAGCAACAAGUGAAAAUGGAAAGUAAAGAUUCAAAACUAAUAAAGAAAACGGGCAGGAAAACCCCUAAGUACUGUUGUAUUUGUAAAGGAAUUUACAGAGGAAAGGUUAUUGAUGGGAGAAAAGUGUCAUUGCACCGUUUUCCUCAGAACAAACGUUUAAAACGUGUGUGGGUGCAGCGAUGUAAAACGGUCAUGAGAUCGUUCCAGUGGAAUGAACACAGACGAUUGUGUAGUGAGCAUUUUGUUGGCUUCAGAGGACCUUCAUUCCAGCAUACACUUCCAUCUAUGUUUCCAACUGAGACUGGUGCUACCAAAACCUUCCAGCCAACGCUCCUUGAUGAAGACGUAGGUGAUGAUGAUGAUGGUGAUACGGUCAAUGACGAUUUAGACCUAGAACUGUCAAAUGAUGAUAGUAUACAGCCACAACUGUCAUUUGUAUCCCCUUCCGGGCAUGCCAUUGAUACCUCUGUCCACCUGCAUGAUUACUGCAUGGGACCAGUACUACAGCCACAGAAUCAGUCCUUUAGAUGUUGUGACACACAGACUGAGAACAACUGUGCAGUGAUGGAAGUACAAACUGAAGAAAGUUUCCUGGGAAAAACAGCAGACUUCAGUUCACAAACAGAACAUUCUACUAGAGACUUUGGUGUACAAUGUCAGCUACCUAUGCUCACAUAUGAUGACGUAAAAUACAAUGACGAUUUGGUCAGUUUUUACACCGGAAUCCCUAAUCGAGUUGUGUUUGAAGCUUUGUUUGAUGAAAUCAAGGAUGAAGCUGAAGUGCGGACAUCAAGGCGGAAACUUAACUAUAAAGAUUCAGAUGGAGGACGGCCAAGAACUCUAAGUGUUCUGGAUGAAUUUUUCAUGGUGCUGAUGCGCCUACGUCUAGGUCUGUUAUUUGAAGAUCUAGGUACUAGGUUUUGCAUAUCCACUUCACAAUGUAGUGACAUUGUUGAAAGAUGGAUCAACUAUUUACAUGUACAAUUAUCCUUUCUUGUUCAAUGGCCAUCUCGUGAGGUAGUGAAAAAUAACAUGCCUGAACAAUUUAAAGAGAAAUAUUCUAACACUAGAAUUAUUAUCGACUGCACUGAAAUUUACAGUGAAACAUCCAGUUCUCUUUCUUUGAAAAGUUUAAUGUACAGUGAUUACAAGUCUCACAUGACUCAUAAGAUUUUGGUGGGUAUAAGCCCAAAUGGUGUUGUAACUUUUGUUUCUGACUGUUGGGUGGGCUGUACCAGUGACAAGAAACUCACAGAAAAAUGUGGACUCUUGGACUUGCUUGAAGAAGGAGACGCCAUAAUGGUUGAUAAGGGUUUCACUAUUACAGACCUUACUACUCCAAGAGGCAUUCAUCUCAUUAUUCCACCAUUUAAACAGAAAGGAAAACAAUUCUCUAAACGUGAGGUUCUCCUUACAAAAGAUAUUGCAAGUUUACGAAUACAUGUUGAAAGGCAAAUGGAGAGAAUCAAGAACUUUCGAAUAUUGCAUGGCAAUAUUCCUAUAACACAGUCAAGGAGAAUUUCUAAAGUGUUCAAAAUAUGCACAUAUUUGACAAAUCUAUGGCCACCACUUGUUCAAUAAUAACUCAUGUGUCAAUGAAAGCGUUUGUAUAUAUCAAGCAUUAGAUUUAGGGAUAAAAACUUGUAUACUUCUAACUAGAACAAUGAAAUUACAAUUUUGUUUUAAAAUCAUUUUUUCGAGCAAGUUAUAUGAUAACAUAUGAGAUUACACAUUUGAUUCAGGUUUGACAAAAAUGGAUAAGGAAAUAUGCUCAUGUGAAUGGAUUUCAAGAUUUGAUUUGAAACAUGUAUGCAUUAACUGAUCAAUUUAUUGAUAUAAUUUUUUGUUUGUGAAACAUCUGCUUUGUAUUUUGUGGUUUUAUUAUUUGUAACAUUUCUAAGAAUAAAAGUCAAAGAUCA